AUGGUAGGCGUCGAUGAGUAUGGCCUCGCCGUCGCCCGCACCCGCGGCUUCAGGCUCGUCGUCCUGGCUGGAGCUGCUCUGGUCGUCAUCUGGGUCUUGGGAACAUCGCGACUCUUGAACUCUGGCGCCAACUCGACCUUCCACCUCAUCUCUGUCGGCGGCACCCAGCCCAAGAAUGGAGACCCUACCACCCAAACCACAGCGACCUCGACUCCCACUCCGCCCCCAGGGCCCCCCAUAGUCGGCACAGGCGACGACUUCUUCGUGGUAGAUGCCCUGCACCACGCCCUCAACCCGCCCCCACCACCACCGCCUCCUCCACCGCCCGAGGUCCCCUUCCCAGACAACGUCGCCGUGAUCAUGGAGACCGACCCGGCGCGCGUAGCGAACCUCGUCCCCGUGAUCCUCCACUUCGCGACGGUCCUCGGGCCCAAGUGGCCGGUGGUCCUGCUGACGCGCAAGGACAAGUGGGUCGAGCCCGCGAGCCCGGCCUUCCGCCGCCUCAUGGCCGAGCGCCGCAUGCACAUCUACUUCCUGCCGGAAGAGACGACGUUCCCCGACCACCGCUCUGUUUCGGUGUUCCUCACGAGCCCUUGGUUCUGGGAGCAGUUUGAGAGCGCGGGGCGGGUGCUGACCUUCCAGGCCGACAGUAUCCUCUGCGGGAGCAGCGGCCGGAGCGUGGAUGAUUUCCUCGAGUGGGAUCUGAUCGGCGCGCCUGUUGCGGCGCAGUAUGGCGUUGGGUAUAAUGGGGGGUUGAGCCUGCGUAAUCCAAAGCUGGUAUUGGAGGUUGUGAGGGACCCUGCGAAUGACUUUGCGAGGGACUCUGCCGAUGAGGAAGAGCCACCUAAGAAAGAGGAGCCGCCCAAGAAGGAAGAGUCGCCCAAGAAGGAAGAGCCGCCCAAGAAGGAAGCAGAGCCCAAGAAAGAGGAGCACAAGCUCAGCGAGGGCAACGAACACAUCCCAGCCAAGAAGCGCGAAGAGGGCAAGCCGAAAAAGCCUGCGUGGAUGAAGUUCGAGGAUCAGUGGCUGUACAUGAAGCUCAAGGAGCGCGGCGCCAAACUGCCGGAUCAAGAAGUCGCCAUGACCUUCGCCGUCGAGACCGUCUACUUCAACAGGCCGCUCGGCUACCACCAGCCCUUCCGGUGGCUGACCGCCUACCAGAAGAAGGAGGCUAUGCAGUGGUGCCCUGAGAUCGGCAUGUUACAGGAUGGGUCGCACUUCUUCACGUAA